CAUCCAUGUCAUCAAUUGAGCAUCGCAUUGAACGCAGCUCGAAGCUGCUUGUGGCGGGACUCCAAGCUCGAGUAGCUCCUGGUCCGUCCCCCGCCAUCGGUGAGCUAUGGGGCGCGAUGCAGCCCCAUUUUCACGGCAACGCAGCGUAUGGAGUGUGCCAUGACUUCAAUGACGGAACGUACUUCUACCUGUGCGCGAUCCAAGUGACCGAAGCGGAACUCAAUACCUUGCCGGAGGGAUGGAUCUCACUGGAAAUCCCCGAACAUGACUUUGCCGUGUACGAGCAUACCGACAGCGUCGACACGAUCGGCGACACGUGGACCAGCAUCAUGCACGACAAGUCCGUCACGCGCGACCACGCCAUACCCAGCGUUGAAAAGUACCCAGCAACGUUUCAUGUUUCCGGAGGUCUCACCAUUUGGAUUCCCAUUGCAACCACAACAUAGGAACAUAAUGGGAACCCAAUGAUUCAGAGUGGAUGGCAGUAGCAAGUCGUGAUUACUACAUUUCAUUCCCAACAUUAACUACUGACGGUGAGCAAUCAUUCCAUGCCCUUUAGGGUUGACUUGGACAGCAUAAUCAGUGCAAACUCG